GCGGCAGAGGGGCCCGCGGCGCGGCGGCGGCGGCGGCAGCGGCAGCAGCGGCCAGUCGGCGUUUGACAGCGGCCGUGGAGGCGGGAAGGGGCGAGCCGUGGAGUGUGUGCGUAGAGUGCGUGGCGAGUGGCGGUGGUGGCCGUGGGGCUGGAUUCAUACACGUAGCGGUGCGGGGACGGCUCGCCAUGAGACCCCGUCGCUGUUAGCCGGACGGCAUGGCCGAACCCCGCGCUUCGGACCGCGACGGCUCGGACGGAACAACCGACACCGGCCCGACCGAGGAGGCCCCGACGGUGGAAAAUUCAUCGGCGACGACGGCGUCCGGUGUCGUCGGCCCGUCGAUGUCGAUACCGUCGGGGACGGCGUCGGCCCCGCCGUCGCCGGCCCCGAGCGGCGGCGAGGCGGGCCGAUCGCCCGUGCAGACCACCGUCUCGCGGUUCGUCAAGUCCGUCCCUAAGCUGGAGAGAAAGCACAGCAGUGGGGACCUGCACAGCCGACUGAAGACUCGCAAAGUGCUGGGUGUGGGCGCCACAGACAACGGGGAUGUGCACAGGUCAAAGAUCUCCCAGGUGCUGGGUCAUAACGAGCACCUGUACGUGCGCUUCCCGCGCGGCCUGCUCGGCUGGUACCUGCUGGUCACCUGCGGCCUGGGCCUGCAGGGCGGCCUGCUGGUGGUCAGUCCUGCAUGGGCGGCCCACCUGCACCUGCUGGCUGCAGGACAGGCCGACCUGCCGGCUCUCGGCCUGGUCGGCCGGGGCUACGGCGUGACGCUCCUAGGUCUGAGUAACCUGCUGUACGCCGUCUAUAGUACCUCAGACAAGGUGAUCAUCCGCAGCGGACUGGCCGUGCUGGUACUGACUGAUGUCUGCGCCCUGGGCACCCAGCUCGUCCACAUGUUCCAGGAGGGCGUCUGGAGCAGGUGGGGCUGGCUUCACAUCGGGCUGCGAGGCCUCUCGGCUGGCGUUUCCCUCCUCUACAUCAACCUGAGUCGCAACUACUACGCCGGUGUCAGAAAGUCGCCCACACCCGCGCCGGCCAUCGACGUGGACGCCCGGAAAAAGUCGCUAUAAACAGCUCAGGUGCUGUCGGUAGAUAGGGACGCACUUUUCAGAACCACCACGUGACUCCGUUCGGAGAAGAUGCAAUCUUCGAGCGUAAAAGUAUUCAAGGUGCUCCAGGCAGCAUGUAAAUUGUAAAACUUCGGCGAGUUUUGAAAUUAUCUAUCCCGGUUCUGUCAUUCCCAAGUGUAGCUUAUAUGAUUAGGAUACUAGCGGGAUGGUGGACGAUGUCAAGAAUGCGUUAAUAAUGCUUAGCGGGAAAGUGACAGAAUUGCUAUGAGAAGUGGUGAUCUUUUCAUAGCCCGAAUGAAGACAAGACAUGACAAGCUGAAAGACGAGGUUAAAUAUAUACGGUCAGCUGACCGUUUGUGUUUCACUUAACUUCUCAAACAAAUGGUGAGACUGCUAUUCUUAUAAAUGUUGCGAUGUGCUCGCGUUGCAGAGUGAGAAACAUGUCCGAUAAUGCAGGACUUCUGUUGGAAGGUAAACGCGCGAUCAAGAUCGCUCGCCAAGGCGUCAUUCAGCGAACGCGUUAUGUAAAGAGCUUCGCGCGCUAUACAUAGAGCUUCGGGACUAAGUCUGCAUCGCUCGCGUGCGCACAUUUAUAGCAGCUACUGGACAUCUGAUGUAGCCACAUCAUGACACUCGUGAGAAGAACAUGACGCGGACAUCACUGACGCAGUGCGCUACAACAGUGACACGGAACUGAGAACAGUAAGACAGCUCGUCCAAUGAACGGCGUCCCGAGUAUGUCCCGGUGCAGAUGGGUGGCAAAGCCACGGACACAGGUGUGACAGAGCUGCCCCACAUCGCUGUGCCCUCCCCACAGCUCGCCUCACCCGUAAAUGUGGUGUCGGUGCACCGGGGAAGCUGUGGCUCCCAUCGGCGCUUCGCCCGCCUGUGGCUCUUUGUUACUGGUGUGUACCCCGCGUUGUGCAAAGAAACUUGUGUUUCGUGGGGGAAGGGACAGAUGGCGAGCGUAGGACCUCCCCAGCGUUGUGUCGGAUGGUAUUGACAGAGGAAAGAUGUUGUUAGAAUGACUCAGCGACCUGAAUCGGUGAGUCGGAUGUGAGCCAGCUCUCAUGAGAAGGACCUGCUGACGGUCGGUGAGACGCGUUAGACGCAGAUGUCGAUGAGCGGUAGUCGUGAGUCGGGUCAGUCGAUGACGAGUCAUCCAGAGUCGGUCGGUCGUCUGCCACUCAGAUUCAGUUGGAGUCUCAAUCAGUUGGAGUCGGAGUCAGGAGUCGGAGUCAACGUUCUCUGCGGGCAUGUGCGCUGCCCCGGCCGCCCCUAGCAGCCUAGUGAGCCCUGGAAGGCAGCGGGGACGGCCGGGACACACGUCUACCGCUGGUCGAUACAAAGCGCAGGCUGCAUCGUCACCGCAGCCAGCCGACCAGAAGUUCGAGAGACGGUCAGAUUACAACAGCCAUAAACUUGCGGUGAUAGUCCUCUUGGUUUUAGUUGAGCAUUACUCCGGCUAAGCUCGCGUAUUUUCCCUUAAAACAAUGUUAAGUUUAUGAAUUAAAUUCGGUAAUAUAAUUCUCGUCAGUUCCGUAAACAGACGACCGACCUGCGACUGGACGUGCCGAUUUUGGCCGACCACCACCUGUCGCCACUCGAUGUGAUGACUGAUCGUGACUGAUCCUUUGACGUCAGCCCUCUGUCGUCACUGGGUCUCUAUCGGCACGGCUGACAUUGGCGUCACGACUGCUAUCGCGAUCAGCGUGACGCCUCGUCACGUCACGCCGUCUGUUGGCCGUCACGUCACGCGGACCGACCCUAAUGUUGUCACGUAACGACUGUCACAUGGAUGCUGUAACAUAGUGACUGUCGGCUUGGUAUCGGCCGAGACAUUCACCCUGGUGAAGAUUUGAUGGCCUCUCGCGAUGAAUCAGUGUCGACAAACAGGGUAGUCGUCGGCGCGACCGAAGCCAUCGGUCCGAGUCGGGUUCUCACGAGGAACUCUAUGGUGCCCAGUAGUUUUAGUGGCGCGCUGUGGACUCUGGGAGGAGGCUGAGCUCGCUGUGGGAUCUGUAUUCGUAUGUCAGCGCUGUGGCGGUGUUCACUGCCCGGGUGGCCGAGGGAGGGACUCACGCCGGCCCCGCUUGAUGGAACCUGCACGGGGUCACCGCGCGCUCGUGAACCUUAACACAUUUCUAUCGCUUGUUGUCGGGUCUUAAAUGUUGCAAUGAAGCGAUGAAAAUAUAUGAAUGUAAUGUGGAUGUA